GGCAGCCUAUGACAUCAGCCGCGCACGCCUGGGAUGCCGCGGCGCCCCGCCAGACCCCGAGGAGGCGCAGGGUCCCGCCAGCUGAGAGUGGAGUAGCCCCGCGCGGCGAGGCCGCCACUUUUCUGGGGACACUGGUUUCGGUCACUGGCUGCCACUGUACUCCUACCCGGGGGAGCUCGCGGAGAGUUGGAUGAAUUCUGGGUUGUUAACUGCGGUCAGCUGGGCUCCCGGGAGCCCGUUCCUGGUGGAAGUCAGGGGCCAUCUGGCCAAGGGACCAGCGGCUCGCUGAGACUCAACAUGACACUCCUGGGGUCUGAGCACUCAUUGCUGAUUAGGAGCAAGUUCAGAUCAGUUUUACAGUUACGGCUGCAACAGAGAAGGACCCAAGAACAGCUGGCUAACCAAGGCAUCAUACCACCCCUGAAAAGCCCACCUGAAUUCCAUGAGCAAAGGAAACGUUUGGAUAGUGGCAAGGCUGAAGACACCCUGAAGCACAAGGUCAGAAACAGGUCCGACCGUGCAGACGUGGUGAAAAUGCACAUACUCCAAGGCUCCACUGCAGAGAGAUCCGUUCCAACUGCUCAGAUGAAGCUGAAAAGAGCCCGACUUGCAGAUGACCUCAAUGAAAAAAUCGCUCUCCGGCCGGGGCCCCUGGAGCUGGUGGAGAAGAACAUACUCCCUGUGGAUUCUGCUGUGAAAGAGGCCAUAAAAGGUAACCAGGUGAGUUUCUCCAAACCAGCGGAUGCAUUUGCCUUUGAGGAGGACAGCAGCGAUGGGCUUUCUCCGGAUCAGACUCGAGGUGAAGACCUCCAGGGCUCAGCAGGAUCCCCCCCAGACGUGAAAGCUACAGAGACCCCUUUGGCAGGUCCUCGGGGGAAAACCCAGGAUCUUAUUUCUGGCUCAGAAAAUGAAAGGAAUGACUCGGCCCCCCAGCCCGGCAACCAGUCAGACCCGGGGAAGCAGGGGCUCGGUCCCCCGGGCAACCCCGUCCCUGUACACGCUGCUGUCAAGUCCAAGUCCUUGAGCGACAGUAAGAACCGCCACAAAAAGCCCAAGGACCCCAGGCCAAAGGUGAAGAAGCUCAAAUAUCACCAGUACAUCCCCCCGGACCAGAAGGCAGAGAAGUCCCCUCCGCCCAUGGACUCCGCCUACGCCCGGCUGCUCCAGCAGCAACAGCUGUUCUUGCAGCUGCAAAUCCUCAGUCAGCGGCAGCGGCACUGCUUCACCUACCCCGGGCUCCGCCAGGCUCAGCUCAAGGAACCAAAUGAGCAGGUGGUCAGAAAUCCAAACCCUUCUUUAGCACCGCUGAGCAAUACCCCUUUGUCUCCUGCCAAAAACAGUUUUUCUGGACAAACUGGUGUCUCUUCUCUCAAGCCAGGCCCACUCCCAUCCAACCUAGAUGAUCUGAAGGUCUCUGAGUUAAGACAACAGCUUCGAAUACGAGGUUUGCCGGUGUCCGGCACCAAGACGGCCCUCAUGGACCGGCUUCGGCCCUUCCAGGACUGUUCUGGGAACCCUGUGCCCAACUUCGGUGACAUAACGACUGUCACUUUUCCUGUGACACCCAGCAACACGCUGCCCAAUUACCAGUCCUCCCCGUCCACCAGCGCCUUGUCCAACGGCUUCUACCACUUCGGCAGCACGAGCUCCAGCCCCCCAAUCUCGCCCGCCUCUUCCGACCUGUCGGUGGCGGGGUCCCUGCCGGACACCUUCAACGAUGCCUCCCCGUCCUUUGGCCUGCAUCCGUCCCCAGUCCACGUGUGCCCCGAGGAAAGCCUCAUGGGCAGUCUGAAUGGGGGUUCCAUCCCUCCCGAGCUGGACGGACUGGACUCCGAGAAGGACAAGAUGCUGGUGGAGAAGCAGAAGGUGAUCAACGAGCUCACCUGGAAACUCCAGCAAGAACAGAGGCAGGUGGAGGAGCUGAGGCUGCAGCUUCAGAAGCAGAAGAGGAGCUACUGUCCCGACAAGAAGCUGCUGCCUUUCCCGGCUGCCCCCAUCAAGCAGGAGGACGCCAACUCCAGCUGUCCUUGUGCGUCCCCGCAAAUAGCUGUGAAAAGGCAGAGCGCCUGCCCGGAGGGCCAGCUGCCGGCCCGUGAAGACGCUCAGCUCCUGCCGCGCGGGGACACUCACGGCGCGGAGGCCUCGGGUCAGACCAGCGUACUUUCUUCCGCAUUCCUCAGCCCGCAGUGCUCCCCGCAGCAUUCGCCCCUCGGGGCUGUGAAAAGCCCGCAGCACAUCAGUUUGCCCCCCUCGCCGAACAACCAUUACUUCCCACCGGCAUCUUCGGGCGCCCAAGGAGAAGAGCACAGGGUCUCCUCGCCUGUCGGCAGCCAGGUGCGUACUGCACAGAACUCAGGGGCACGUGAGGGCCAUCCUUCAAGCUUCUCUCCUCAGCCUUCCAGCCUUCACCCCUCUUUCUCUGGAGCCCAGGCAGACAGCAGUCAUGGUGCCGGGGGCAACUCUUGUCCCAAAAGCCCAGGUGUACAGCAAAAGAUGGCUGGUUUACACUCUUCUGAUAAGUCAGGGCCAAAGUUUUCACUUCCAUCCCCAACUUUUUCUAAGUCAGCUUCAGCAGGUUCAGAGAUAAGCCAGCCUCCAUCCUAUGAAGAUGCAGUAAAGCAGCAAAUGACCCAGAGUCAGCAGAUGGACGAACUCCUGGAUGUCCUCAUUGAAAGCGGAGAAAUGCCAGCCGACGCCAGAGAGGAUCAUUCCUGUCUCCCAAAAGUCCCAAAGAUACCUGGGUCUUCUCGAAGCCCCACUGCUGCCCUCCCCAAGCCCCCGGCUUCCUUUGAACCAGCAUCUGCAGGAGGCCAGCUCUCCUUCGAUCACUACGGCGCCGACAGCAACGAGCACCUUGAAGUCUUAUUAAAUUCCCAGAGCCCCUUGGGGAAGGUGGGCGACGUCGCCCUUCUGAAAUUCGGGAGCGAGGAGCCCCCUUUCGAUGGGAUGCUGGAUGGAUUCUCCGGGAAGGCUGCGGAAGACCUCUUCAACGCGCACGAGAUCCUGCCGGGCCCCCUCUCCCCCAUGCAGACUCAGUAUUCACCCUCUUCCGUGGACAGCAGUGGGCUGCCUUUAAGCUUCACGGAAUCUCCUUGGGAAAGCAUGGAGUGGCUGGACGUCACGCCACCCAGCUCCACCCCGAGCUUCAGCUCUCUCUGCACCGGCGGCCCCAGCAUCUUCAACAUCGAUUUCCUGGAUGUCACGGAUCUCCAUUUGAAUUCCCCCAUGGACCUCCACUUGCAGCAGUGGUAGAGGCCUGAUGCAGCGUGCUACGGAAGACCAGUAGGAGCCCCGAGGGGGAAAGCACACAACCGUAAAUACUUGCAUUAUCCAAAAGAAGGAGGAGGGGGAGGAGGGGGAGGAGGGGAAGCCGGAGAGAAUUACAAAGAAGCGAUGGAGACUUCUGUGACAACGAACAAGAGCAAAUAGGAGUCUUUUCUAUACAGAUAGAUAAUGUAAUAUUUACCAACCUUCAGUGACUGUUCAUGAUUUCAAAAGCGCAUUCAAAAAUGUGCUUUUUCAGACCAAGAAUGCCCCCCGCCCCGCAAAAAAAAAUUCUUCCACUGCCUUUUCAAACACCAGUCUUUUUUCUAGCCUGUACUUUUUCUCAGGCAUUGUUGGGGCGUAAUCUCACCUUGUAAGCUUUUCUCAUGAAUUUAUCACACAUACUAUGGAAAGAAGAUGUAAGCUCUCUUGGAAGCACAGGGAAGCCAGUCCAUCAGAGGUGAUGGAGGACGUCUCUCCAUCAGAGGUGAUGGAGAGACGUCUCUCCAUCAGAGGUGAUGGAGGACGUCUCUCCAUCACCUGGCUUUCAAAAUAGAAGUCAGGCCCAGUGUCAGGUUCCUAAGGCAGAACAGAGGGACAGGACCAAUCCAUUCCCAGGGGAGGGAAGUGAACUCAGCAUCCCUCAGCCACAAAGCUGCCCCGUUGCAGUGGCCCCAAUUCUGACCCACACCCGACCCACCUUUGGCCUAAAGAACCCCACCUAGAAUUUCCCUCCUUCUCAACCAGUAGCCGAAUCAUUCCCACUGUCUCUGUGGUGCGAAGCUUUGUGAAACAGGCGAGAGCCCUAAAGCAAGAAGAAAAGCAAAACCUUCUGCCAUAGACACUUCUCCAGCACAGCCCCCUUUAGUGUCAGAGCCUAGAGAGGACCAUGUAGGCGGACCAGAAGGAGCUCUCUAGCCUCAGGAAGCCGUAUCAGAGGUAAUUCAGACAGGACUAGAGAACGUCGUUUCACGUGUCGUGGAAAUAAAUACCAUGGGUUACUAUAACAGGACGAUUAUUUAUAGAAGUCAGGCUGCUCUUCUUGUUUUCUUAUUGGUGGGAGGUGGUCCACCUCUGUUUACCUUUCUUCCGCUCUACUUUUCUUUCAAGAUAUCAGUCCUUUCUUGCUCCUCUUUUGGAGAUCUUUCCUUUUCUGCCCCACAAUCGGGAGAAGAGAACUUCUGCCGUCUAACCAGCUGUCAUACCACUAAUAAAGCCAUAUGUUAAAAAGCUAAAAAAUCGAGGUUCUCCUGGAGAACUCAUUCUCCAUAUGCGUAAUUUGCUACAAAAGGAAGUCAAAAGAAUGUCCUCAGGAAGCAACCAGUGACUCGGCCCAUCAGUCACAAAGCUGUCUCUACCCUCAUUUGAUUAAUAGCAGUCGAUGAUUUGGGUUUUGCUCUGGGGAAAUCGGAAAUCAUUAUAUUGUAAAGAUAAAUACGAAUCAUAGUUACAAGGAGAGAGUAUUUCAGGUCUGGGUUUCUGAAAGAAAACACAAUUGCACGUUGAAAAGGAUGGAAGGAGAAAAGACGACGGUCUCGUGUGCGUCCCUCAUCACCUCUUGUGCUUUUGCUGGGAAUUGAAAAACUUAUAUUGCAGGAUCGUCUCCCUAAGGCUCACUGUGGUCUCAGCUCACCGUUUCAUAGUGUUGCAUGCUGUAGAAAGUAGCUCUCGCUGUUUUUAUUUUUUAUUUAAAUCACUACGGCACUGUUUUCUUCGUUUGUAAAAAAAAAAAAAACAAAAAAAAACAUUGUUCACUGUGCACUUAUGGAGAAAAUAACCAAACGUGUUGUGAUUUUAGAAGUUCUCUUUUUGAAAAAAACCAAAGAUUUAGAAGUCAUUCCAUUGUUAACUUGUAAACGUGUGUGAACACAGAGUGUUUUUGGUGACUGCUACUCUGAAAGCUGCCAGAUCUUAUUGGGGGGUGGGGAGGGAAGGA